UGGCCUGUGACGCGACCCGUCGCUCGCGCUGGAAUCUGGGAAGGAGAGAAAAUGGCGGCCGAGCCGAGCAAGACAGAGAUCCAAACUCUUUUUAAGAGGCUUCGCGCAAUUCCAACCAACAAGGCCUGUUUUGACUGUGGCGCCAAGAAUCCGAGUUGGGCCAGCAUCACGUAUGGUGUUUUCUUGUGCAUUGAUUGCUCCGGGGUGCAUCGCUCCCUGGGCGUCCAUCUCAGCUUCAUCAGGUCCACAGAGUUGGAUUCCAACUGGAACUGGUUCCAGCUGAGGUGUAUGCAGGUCGGCGGGAAUGCCAAUGCGACAGCUUUCUUCCGCCAACAUGGAUGCACAGCCAAUGAUGCCAACACCAAAUAUAAUAGCAGAGCUGCCCAGAUGUACCGGGAAAAGAUCCGGCAGCUGGGGAGUGCGGCCCUGGCUAGGCAUGGCACUGAUCUUUGGAUAGACAAUAUGAGUAGUGCUCCCAGCCACUCCCCAGAGAAGAAGGACUCUGAUUUCUUCUCCGAACACACUCAAGAAUGGCUCAUCAAGGCUUCUGUCAUCUGGCCUUUUCAGCCCCCUGCCUGGAGUGCACCAGCUACUGAUCUGUCUGAGACCCAGCAGCCAGCCCCAUCUGCAGAGAGCAGUGGCCUGGCACAACCAGAGCACGGCCCCAACAUGGACCUGCUUGGCACCUCACCCAAAGCCUCUCUGGAGUCCAUGUAUCUGUCACCUAAAGGGACUCUUCCUGCCAGAGAACUGAAAACCUCCCUCAUUGGCAAGAAGAAGCCAGCGGCAGCUAAGAAAGGGCUGGGUGCCAAGAAAGGCCUAGGGGCCCAGAAGGUGAGCAGCCAGAGUUUCAGUGAGAUUGAGCGGCAGGCACAGGUAGCAGAGAAGCUUCGUGAGCAGCAGGCAGCUGAUGCCAAGAAGCAGGCUGAGGAGUCCAUGGUUGCCUCCAUGCGUCUGGCCUACCAGGAGCUCCAGAUUGACCGUAAGAAGGAGGAGAAGAAGCUACAGAAUCUGGAAGGGAAGAAGCGAGAGCAGGCAGAGAGGCUGGGCAUGGGCUUGGUGUCCCGAAGCUCUGUUUCCCACUCGGUGCUGUCUGAGAUGCAGGUGAUCGAGCAGGAAACCCCAGUGAGUGCAAAAUCCUCCCGCUCGCAGCUGGACUUGUUCGACGAUGUUGGUACUUUCGCCUCUGGACCCCCAAAGUACAAGGACAACCCCUUUUCCCUGGGGGAGAGUUUUGGUUCCCGCUGGGAUGCAGAUGCUGCCUGGGGUAUGGACAGGAUGGAGGAGAAGGAGCCAGAAGUGACCAUCUCAAGCAUCCGGCCCAUUUCAGAAAGGGUCACAAACCGGAGGGAAGUGGAAAGCCGAAGCUCAGGCCUCGAGUCGAGUGAGGCACGGCAGAAAUUUGCAGGAGCCAAAGCCAUCUCAUCUGACAUGUUCUUUGGGCGGGAGGUAGAUUCUGAGUAUGAAGCCAGAUCUCGGCUACAGCAGCUCUCAGGCAGCAGUGCCAUCAGCUCUUCAGACCUCUUUGGGGACAUGGAUGGAGCUCAUGGAGCGGGUAGCGUAUCUCUGGGGAACGUGCUGCCCACGGCUGACAUUGCCCAGUUUAAGCAGGGUGUCAAGUCUGUGGCCGGGAAGAUGGCUGUGCUGGCCAAUGGUGUGAUGAAUUCUUUGCAGGAUCGCUAUGGUUCCUACUGAUCCAGGGUCACGGCUCAGAUGUAUGGUGUUGACAGCAGCAAAAACCUCAUGAUUCCCAGGCCUGGGAUGCUUGCCUCGUGGAAGCUGGGGAGGAAUGGUUCUUUUUUACAUGUGGUGUGUGAGUGGGGUGGCCUUUGAGGAUCUCGGGUGAGGGAUGGGCGGGUACCAGCCCCUGACCUCUGCCUGGAGACUGAGCCCUUAUUCUCCUCCCUCACACCUCCACCCCUGUAUGCUAGGUUCUCGUUCUUCCACUCCUGCCCCAAAGCUGCUGCUCACUUGUCCUGCCGCACUGGGAGUGAGGGGAGGGAGUCCCCUCAGGAUGGCUGAUUCUGGGUCUAGCUCUUCCCCAAAUUGGGGCAGUAAAAAGAGUAAGGCUUUUUGCUGGCUCUAGGAUCCUUCCAGGCCGUCUGGGGGUUUGGCCCCCGUCCUCUGAAACCAGCAGGGAGGUCUAGAAAGUUCUGCUGCACACCGGCCCCUGGGGGAGGCAGGCCCUGGACUUGCUGCUGCCGUUGCUGCUCCGGGAGAGGACAGGGGAGGGGAAGGACCUUCGUCUGGGCCUCACUAAGGGCUAGAACCUUCACCUGGUACCUAACGGGAUCAGACUGGAGGCCCAAGUGGCCUCUUGCUGUCCCACAGCCCCUUUUUACAGUGAUCACCUGGAGGGUUCUCUCUCCUUCUGGGUGUCUCUGAGUCCUCCUAUACCAUCCAUCGUGGACCACAGAACCCUCUGUCCCCUCCUGAGCCUCUGUCCCUUCUCCCCCUGCUUGGUGGCCAUGAAAGGUCUCACGUGCCCCAUGCUCUGCUCUGGAUGCUGUGAGCAUAAUACUGGCUCAAGAAGAGAGGAUGUGAGGGACAGAAACAGGCUCCCGGGGCUCACCUUUCUUCCUCGGCAUCAUCUUGGUUUUAGGGGGCCCUGGACAGCACCCAACCUGAGAGCCUGGGGCGCCUACAGAGCUGCAGGUCUUCCCCCCCAGGCCACGCACUGUGCCAUCCUUGGUGCCAUCUUCCCUGCCGUGCCGGCAGCCUGGACCCGCCCCACCCCUGGUGGGCUGAGGAUUGGGCUCCCAAGCAGCACAGACCACUGUCCCCACCACCCUCUCCCCUGAAGGGAUGUGACUUUCUUUCUGGACUGUUUGUAUUGAAACAAAGUAGUGUCAAAUAAAGCCCUGACGGGGCCCUGGGCCUCUGUUGGUCUGAGUGAA